GCCAGCAAGGCCAACUUAUCUCUGCACGCUCUGCCUCAGAUCGAGUGUGAUAACCAACCCUACCUAAACGCUAGCAUGAUCCAAUCGAGCCUCACAAACUUGCAAGCCACAGCCUUACCUGCUGUCCUAGGUAAAUUGGCAUCGGUUGACAUCAUAACUGCUGGCCACUUUUCGAGGCUUCUCCAUAGGGGUGCUGUCUACAAUUUCCGAAAACGAGAGGAAAUGUACUGGCUUUGUACGAAAAUAAGCACUGUACCGCCUUCAACGCUCAUCCCAGUCAUCAGGUGAUAAUACAGACAAUUUCUGAGGCCGUCAAACAAGCAGCGGCUGGGGAAUUCCAUGUGCAAGCGUGGUCUUCGGCGAGCUCCGUGAUACCUUUCAUUGUACGAUCCGCUCACCUCCAGACACACAGCUUGUUCGAUAGGCCAAUCGCCUACGAUAGAGGCAUCUCAGUACCUUUUCGAAAAGGGUCCUGAUCACCGUUUUUACCAGAUCUUGCAGCCGUGCGUGUGUGCAAUUGGUGUUGGUCGUGGUUGAAAUUUCCUCUCAACACCCUGACCCUGAUAAGCAAUCUGGUAUAAAGUCUCCCGUCUUCCCAGCUUCAAUCGUCACAUAUAGACACCUGUAUUCCUACAGCAACAGCCAGGAAGCCCGUUGAGGUAAAACCUACUCCAAAACAGAAACCAAUUUUAUCUAUACUAUUCUAUCCGGCUCAAACAUGGGAUACCUUUCAGCGGCACGCUACGGCAAGGACAAUGUCCGCGUCUACAAGGUCGAGCGAGAUGAAGCUACCAAGACACAUACCGUCUAUGAAAUGACUGUCUGCGUCCUGCUAGAAGGAGAGAUUGACACAUCAUACACGGAAGCAGACAACAGCGUCGUUGUCGCAACCGACUCGAUGAAGAACACCACCUACAUCAUGGCAAAGCAAAAUCCAGUCCAUCCUCCUGAGCUCUUCGCUUCUACACUCGGAACACACUUCGUCCAGAAAUACAAGCAUAUCCACGCCGCCCACAUUAGCAUUGUCCAGCACCGGUGGGCACGCAUGACCGUCGACGGAAAGCCGCACCCACACUCCUUCUUUCGGGACAGCAAUGAAAAGAGAGUGGUGCAAGCAGACAUCUAUGAGGGUAAAGGCAUCGAGAUUAGAUCCGGGAUCUCAGAACUGCUCGUGCUCAAGAGUACUGGCUCAGAGUUCCAUCAUUUCGUCCGUGACGACUUCACCACCCUUCCAGACGUCUAUGACCGCAUCCUGAGCACAUCGGUGGACGCUGGCUGGAAAUGGUCGACCUUCUCCGGCCUCGAUGCCGUGAAAAAGGAGUCUGCCAAAUUCGACGAGACCUGGACCAAGGCCAGAGAAAUUACCUUCCGGCUCUUUGCGACUGAGGAGUCCCCGAGUGUGCAGAAUACCAUGUAUAAGAUGUGCCAGGAAAUCCUCGCUGCUCAGCCGCUGGUUGCCGCUGUCGAUUACUCCUUGCCAAACAAGCACUACUUCGAAAUCGACCUGAGCUGGCAUCACGGAUUGAAGAACACCGGCAAAGACGCCGAAGUCUAUGCGCCACAAUCAGACCCCAACGGCCUGAUAAAGUGCACUGUCUCACGCGAAAACGUGAAGCACAAGUUGUAACAUGUUUUUGGUUUCUCCAGAUAUGCGCCAUAUACCAAAUCACGAAGACGAUGAAUGGAGUUUGCUGGAGAUCUGUAGAUGGAAACGUCGCUCCGACGUAUGUAGACAGCGUAAUGUACAAUCAUAUUCAAACACC